UCCUCUGCGUCGCUCGCUCCUCAUUCCUAUCUAGGGUUUUGCUCCCAAAACCUAGCUCCUUGAUCCGAGCGAGCGGGAUGGACGUCGAGGGCGAGGUGCCGGCGGCGGCCGCGGCAGCCGUGGCCAACGGCCUCGGCGGCGGCGCGGAGCCCUCCCCGGCGCCGGUCUCCGCCGAGCAGCUGGACGUGGAGGCGUACGCCGCGCAGUACGCGGGGCGGACGCGUCUGGCGCGCCUCCUCUUCAUCGCGGAGAGGUGCGGGGUGGAGGCCGUGGAGCUCGAGGCGCUGCGGAUGGCGUACGACGAGAUCAAGAGGGGCGAGGACACCCUGUUCCACCGCGACGUCGCGCUCAAAAUCAACGGCCGCCUCGGCCCGCAGUACGCGCUUGACCAGGCCUGGGUCGAUUCCAUCAACCGCCGCGCCGAGCAGCGGAAGGAGAAGCUCGAGAGUGAGCUCAACGGCUACAGGACCAACCUUAUCAAAGAGAGCAUAAGAAUGGGUUACAAUGACAUUGGUGAUUUCUUCUAUGCUCAUGGACAACUUUCAGAUGCCUUCAAAAGCUACAUCAGGACACGCGAUUAUUGUACUACUUCCAAGCACAUAGUUCAGAUGUGUAUGAAUGUGAUUCUGGUUAGCAUUGAGUUGGGACAAUUUCCACAUGUUUCCAACUAUGUCAGCAAAGCAGAGCAAACCCCAGACCCUUUGGACCCUAUCAUUGUUGCAAAGUUACGAGCAGCUGCAGGAUUAGCUUACUUGGCAACAAAGAAGUACAAACUUGCUGCCCGUAAGUUUGUUGAGACAGGACAUGAACUAGGAAAUAAUUAUUCUGAAGUCAUAGCUCCACAAGAUGUUGCUGUCUAUGGUGCCCUUUGUGCUCUUGCUUCUUUUGACCGUUCAGACCUAAAGAGCAAAGUUAUUGACAACAACAAUUUCCGAAACUUUCUGGAGCUGGUGCCUGAAGUGAGGGAACUUGUUAAUGAUUUUUAUUCAAGUCGCUAUGGAUCAUGCUUGGAGCAUCUUGAGAAGCUAAAGCCAAACCUCCUGCUCGAUAUUCAUUUGAAUGAGCAUUUAGAAACUCUAUACAUGGAUAUUCGCCACAAAGCUAUCAUACAGUAUACACUUCCAUUUAUAUCUGUUGAUCUUAACACGAUGGCGGCUGCCUUCAAGACGUCUGUGUCCAUGUUGGAGAAAGAGCUAGCUGCACUGAUCACCGAGAACAAAAUACAGGCUCGGAUAGAUUCCCACAACAAGAUUCUUUAUGCGAGGCAUGCUGACCAAAGAAAUGCAACUUUCCAACGUGUCCUUCAAACUGGCAAUGAAUUUGAGAGAGAUGUUAAGUCUUUGCUUCUGAGAGCAAACCUUAUCAAGCAUGAUUUCAACCAAAGGGCUGGACAAAGGAAGAUGUGAACUUCUGUGAUCAUUGCUGUUGCUGAAACAAAGCGUGUUGGCUUAUCCUUUUGGACACAUUCGUUUUGUACCUAAAAGUGUAUGAGCCAUGGAGAAGUUUUGGUGAUGAAUCAUGAAUUAAACUGAUGACUGAGCAUGCAAGUCUGUUUAAAUGCAUUUACUUUUGCGGAAAAUGCCUUGCUGGUCUUCUAA